GAGAGAGAGAGAGAGAGAGAGAGAGAGAGAGAGAGAGAGAGAGAGAAUCAUGAUGUAGGGCAACCCAGGGUUCCCAGCGAGGACGAUAGCUCUUACGUAAGAAUUUAAUGGCUCAUAUGCUUUCGCCGUGAACUCUGCAACGCUUGCUUCCUUUUGGUCAUAACCAACGCCUUUGAUUUUAUUUUUAUACCUACCCACCAGAAAAAAAAGCUAACAAAUCCUCUACUAAUAUAUAUCCCCUUCAUUUUCUCUUCUCUUUCACAAAUCUUCAUCUCCUAGUUAUGGAAAAGACUCAAGAAUCAAGAAAUACAAACCAACGAAAACCCAUUAAUAAUAACACUCUUGUCUGGGAUUGCGGAAGCACUCUUUAUGAUUCUUUUGAGCUCAAAUCUUUCGAGCGUCAACUUUACUCUGCUAUACAUUCAAGAACUUUAUCCAUGCCUCAUUUAGCCGAUCGUAGAGUGACGGCGGCAGCGAAUCCACAGCCUCCUCUUCCUCCUCCUCCUCCUCCUCCUGCUGCUGUAUCUAAGAAAUCCUCUAAAAUUUCUCGAUCACUUCACAAGUUCUUGAAAUCCGUGUUCAAGUCUAAACAGAAUUCUAGCGGCUUAUUUUGUGCUAAAGAUCGACCGGGCCAUGAAUACUACAUCGUUUAUGAUAAGUCCGGCGCUCUUUCCACCAUCCCUGAAGCGCUGGAGAUUGAUUUUGGUGGAUUCUCGCCGGAGAUUAACUCCUUGGUGAGGAGAACUGGGUCCGAGAGGUUCACUGCCACUUCCAUGAUGGGUGUUUCAUGUGCCUAAUAAUAGUCUACAGUAUAUAUAUAUAUAUAUAUAUAUAUAUAUAUAUAUAUAUUAUGUUUUAGUAAUACAUAAUUUCUUUGUUUCUAUUUACAUGUUCAUGUUGCUAUUUGAACAAUGAUCGAUAAAAUCGGUAACGAAUGUCAAAUUUAUGGGUAGAGAUAUUCUGAAUAUUAAUUGGGAUGAGCUUAGUGAUGCA